AUGUGCGUAUUUGCAUGUGCCGGCGGUGGUGAGUUGCAGAUCAUAACGAAGAGCCAGACACUGAGGCUGAGUGGAGGCAACAACGUCCUUCUUCCGUGCGAGUUCCUCAUCAGCAGAUUUGAUAUCUUCGAUAAUCCCGUCAUCUGGAGGAAGAUACAAAUGGACGAAGACGUCGAGAUAAAUAUAAACUCCGUCAUGUUAGAACCCUUCCAAGACACACACAGGUUCGAUGCAACGUCCAGCGUUGAUGGCAAUAACGAUGUUGAGCGCAUUAACAAUGAAAUACGUUAUGUUUGGCUGAACUGUUUCAACCCUAGAAAGGAGUGGUCUUCGAUGGCGGUUGAGUGUACUGCCACAAAGGGUAGAACUUGUAUCCACAUGCUUUCUACAGCUGAUAAAGUGGCUGUGCUGGAUCAGCCUGUCCUCAUCCGCACUGUCGUCCUCUACCUUAAAUUUAUUUUUUUUCAUUUUCGUUUGAAGGCAGAUAAAAUAUUUUGGAAGAUGAAGAAUACGACGCCAACUAAUUAUCUCACUUUGCUAAGUAACUAA